CCUUUUACCACCUCGUGACUUGAGUGGGGUUUUUUUUUGCUGCGCAAAGAUACGAGUAUAUCUUUGGUUAAAAGAGUGAGUGGGAAUCGAAAGUAUCGGAUUCGUUCUUGAUCCAAGGAAUUUUCCAUCUGAAUACGAUGCAGAAUUUGGUUUUGAUCGCGGCUUUGUGUCUGUCCGGGCUGUUUAUAAGUUGUGCUGUUACGUCGGCAGAAAAUGCUGCAGCAACUACACCAAAUACACUUGCAGCACUUAACAAGACCUCUCUUACCACACCCGCGCAUGUGACCAACACAACUAAGCACCAUACCACACCCGCGCAUGUGACCAACACGACUACUGUACAUAAUACCACAACUGCGCAUGUGACCAACACAACUAAGCACCAUACCACACCCAUGCAUGUGACCAACAAUACAGCUGCAAAUCAUACCACACCCAUGCAUGUGACCAACACUACAGCUGCAAAUCAUACCACACCCAUGCAUGUGACCAACACCACUGUUGCAAACCAUACCACACCCGCGUAUGUUACCAACACCACUGCUGCAAACCAUACCACAACAAUGCAUCCACUAACAACUGUCCUGCCUACAUUAUCGCCCAAUUCCUCUCUCCCAAUAACUGGCCAUUAUAAUGUUACAACGAAGAAUGCUACUUGCAUCAAGAUAACAAGUGGAAUACAACUUAUUGUCAUCGCAAAGCCUAAAAACAUGUAUUUCAAUAUUCGGCCUGUGACAACUGUGUCUUCGGGGAAAUGUGGCAAUGUUGCUCCCUGGAUCAAUUUAAAUUUUGAAGGUGGAUUUUUAUACUUCACCUUUGGGCAGGAUGGAAACAAUUAUUACAUCAGUGAAAUAAGUGCUACCCUGCAUUCCAUGAACAACCUGGGGAAUACUUAUACAGGAAUUAUAAAGAAUAUGAAGCUGUUUCAUACUAAACUCGGCCACUCGUACAAAUGCAAAAGCAAGCAGGUUGUGGCGUUUUCAACUAAUACUUUGCAAGUUUUGUUGAUUGAUACUCAGCUCCAGGCAUUCAACAUCCCCGGUGGAACAUUUGGUAAAGAAGGAAAAUGUGCAGCAGAUGCCGAGAGUAAAGUACUUCCAGUGUUAGUGGGAAUCGGUUUGACAGGAUUGGUCCUAACUGUGGUUGUUAUCUAUACAGUUGAUAGAAGAAAGACAUCUGAAGGAUAUGAAGCAGUAUAAAACUGAUUUUUUUUUUUCCCAAGCACAAACACUGUGGAAGAGAUUCUACCAAUGGCAUUCUCCCUUUUGAUCUGCAGCACUUGUAACUUUCUUUCAAUUGGCUUUUCUGUUCGCCAGUAUUGUAGUAAUUAGGGCAUUUUUGUCUUUAAAUGGUUCCAUGAUUUCAGCUGUGGGCAGAUAUGCAAUUGGGGUUUUUGGCAGCAACUGUGUUGGAAUGUAUGCUGAUAUUUGCAUAAAUAUAUCCAUAUUUGUAUAUCUAUUUGAAUAAAGUUUUUUACCACCAGUUUAUGAAAAAAAUUAGGAUGGCCAAUUUAUGUAUUUGCAUAUUCUUAUACUUGAUGUAUUAAGAACUGACAUACUUUGCUGAUGUAAUAUUGAUAUGCUGUUGACAUUUGGGAGGGAGAAAUGUAUAAGAUGACUUUCUAAAUGGCACAGGCUUGAUAGAGUAAUAAAUACAAAGUGACAUGGCCAGUAUAAUAAAGUGCUUUGUUUUUUUUAAUAUUCUCCUGUGGGUCGUAAACCAACUGUUUAGGUUAAAUGAUUGCUUUUAUUUUAGCAUCUUGUAAAUGCUUCAGUACCAACAAGGAACUUGCUUCUUGAAGGGGCAAACGCGUAUAAUUGCAAUCAAGAAGACUUGAAGCUGAAUCGAUCUGCUCAUUAAACUGUUACACAAA